GCAGGUAGAGGGUGAGCCAGGCAGAGCGUACGUGCAGCGAAGCUCGGAGCAAAGCGCAACGAGCGGAGGAUAAGUUGGGUCUUGUGGCAGAGCAACGAACGAAGAACCGAUCUGGAACAUUUGCCGGGACGAAUUGUGCGGAAGUACAGGGAGCAAAACGAGUAUAUUGACUGAAGGACGUCGAGAGUGAUCGGAAAGGAGCUUCGAGAACUCUUCAUUGGUGAAAAAAUGAGCGUGCGCGUCGCGGAGAAGAAGGGCCGCACUCUGAGAGGCUCGAACGGGCUGAUCGCGACAACGGAAAAUGAGACAGACGGCGAAUGGCAGAAUGGACAGAACCUCCUGGUGGUCACGCAGGACGGCCAGGGCAAGGAGCUGAUUCUGUCCGAGAAUCAGGCUAUCAACGUGACUUUGGACACCUAUUGGUUGCUGGAACUCGCUCAUAGAGAAUACCAGGCGGGGGAUUACGAAAAUGCUGAAAGACACUGUAUGCAGCUUUGGCGACAGGAGACAAACAAUACUGGCGUCCUCCUUUUACUUUCUUCCAUUCAUUUUCAAUGUAGGAGAUUGGAGAAGUCAGCACAUUACAGCAAUCUAGCGAUAAAACAGAAUCCGCUGCUGGCAGAGGCGUACAGCAAUUUGGGAAAUGUUUAUAAGGAACGAGGACAACUACCGGAAGCAUUGGAGAACUAUCGCCACGCUGUUAGAUUGAAGCCCGACUUCAUCGACGGCUACAUCAACUUGGCAGCGGCACUCGUAGCAGCCGGUGAUAUGGAACAGGCCGUCCAAGCGUACGUCACAGCGCUGCAAUACAAUCCUGAUCUUUAUUGCGUGCGGAGCGAUCUUGGUAAUCUUUUGAAAGCAUUAGCAAGACUUGACGAAGCCAAGGCUUGCUACUUGAAGGCCAUCGAGACUCGGCCGGAUUUUGCAGUAGCAUGGAGCAAUCUCGGGUGCGUGUUCAACGCUCAAGGCGAGAUAUGGUUGGCGAUUCACCAUUUCGAGAAAGCCGUUGCUUUGGACCCCAAUUUCUUGGAUGCGUACAUCAAUCUCGGGAAUGUGCUGAAGGAAGCUCGCAUCUUUGAUAGAGCGGUAGCUGCAUACCUUCGCGCAUUGAAUCUCAGCCCCAACAAUGCGGUUGUACAUGGAAAUUUGGCUUGCGUUUACUAUGAACAAGGACUCAUUGAUUUGGCCAUUGACACAUAUCGGCGUGCUAUCGAAUUACAACCGAACUUUCCUGAUGCAUACUGCAAUCUGGCGAAUGCCCUCAAAGAAAAGGGCCAAGUGGUUGAAGCGGAAGAAUGUUACAAUACCGCCCUCCGACUUUGUCCUACACACGCCGACUCUCUUAACAACUUGGCCAACAUAAAACGCGAGCAAGGCUACAUUGAGGAAGCAACUCGUCUUUAUCUUAAAGCUCUGGAGGUAUUUCCCGAGUUCGCAGCCGCCCAUAGCAAUCUUGCUUCUGUUCUGCAGCAACAAGGCAAACUGAACGAAGCGCUAAUGCAUUAUAAGGAAGCGAUUCGCAUUCAGCCAACUUUCGCCGACGCUUAUUCGAAUAUGGGGAACACGCUAAAAGAGAUGCAAGACAUACAGGGUGCUUUGCAAUGUUACACGCGGGCUAUCCAGAUCAAUCCGGCCUUCGCCGAUGCUCACUCGAACUUGGCAUCGAUCCACAAGGAUUCCGGCAACAUUCCCGAGGCGAUCCAAUCUUACAGAACUGCGCUGAAACUAAAGCCAGACUUCCCCGAUGCUUAUUGCAAUCUCGCGCAUUGUCUUCAGAUUGUUUGUGACUGGACCGACUAUGAAGCCAGAAUGAAGAAACUGGUGUCCAUAGUUGCUGAACAGCUCGACAAAAAUAGGCUGCCUAGCGUGCAUCCGCAUCAUUCCAUGCUCUAUCCCUUGUCUCAUGACUUCAGGAAGGCUAUUGCCGCUAGGCAUGCUAAUCUUUGUAUCGAAAAGAUUCACGUUCUUCAUAAACAACCGUACAAGUAUCCGCGUAUAAUCAGCAGUCGUUUGAAGAUUGGAUACGUUUCCUCUGAUUUUGGCAAUCACCCGACCAGCCAUUUGAUGCAAUCGAUUCCUGGUUUACACGAGCGUGAAAAAGUUGAGAUUUUCUGCUACGCCCUCAGCGCCGACGACGGUACGACCUUCCGCGCGAAGAUUGCGCGAGAAACCGAGCACUUUGUGGAUCUAUCGCAGAUCUCUUGUAACGGAAAAGCCGCCGACCGUAUCAACAGCGACGGUAUUCACAUCCUGGUGAACAUGAACGGUUACACUAAGGGUGCCAGAAACGAAAUCUUUGCCUUGCGUCCUGCGCCGGUACAAGUAAUGUGGCUGGGUUACCCCGGUACUUCCGGCGCGAGCUUCAUGGACUAUCUCAUUACGGACGAAGUCACUUCACCAUUGGAGCUCGCGAAUCAAUACAGCGAGAAGCUUGCCUACAUGCCGCACACUUAUUUCAUUGGUGAUCAUAAGCAAAUGUUUCCACAUCUGAAGGAACGCUUGAUACUGACGGACAAGUCGAAUCACAAGGGCAAGGUCGCCGAUAACGUUGCGGUAAUCAACGCUACGGAUCUCUCUCCGAUGAUCGAGAAUACUCUGGUAAAGGAGAUUCGCGAGGUAGUUGUGCCAGACAAGAAGCAGCCGGUUGAAAUUUCGCUUAAAGUCGCUGAGCUGCCGACCACCACGCCGAUCGAGACGAUGAUCGCCUCUGGCCAGUGUCAGAUGUCCGUGAACGGUGUCGUCGUGCAGAACGGCAUGGCCACUACGCAAGUGAACAACAAGACUGCUACCGGCGAGGAGGUGCCGCAGAAUAUUGUCAUCACAACGAGGCAACAGUACGGUCUGCCGGAAGACGCGGUCGUUUACUGCAAUUUCAACCAGUUAUACAAAAUCGAUCCGCUCACUCUUCACAUGUGGGCACACAUUCUGAAACACGUGCCAAACUCCGUGCUGUGGCUAUUGCGCUUCCCGGCAGUUGGUGAACCCAAUCUCCAGGCAACGGCGCAACAAUUGGGACUAGCAUCUGGCAGAAUCCUGUUUAGUAACGUCGCCGCUAAAGAAGAGCACGUAAGACGAGGCCAGUUGGCUGACGUGUGCUUGGACACACCGCUCUGCAACGGACACACAACCAGUAUGGACGUUUUAUGGACUGGGACGCCGGUGGUUACACUACCGGGCGAAACUCUAGCCUCCCGCGUUGCUGCUAGUCAAUUGAACACCCUCGGCUGUCCUGAAUUGGUAGCACGGACACGACAGGAAUAUCAAGACAUUGCUAUUAGAUUGGGUACUGAUAGAGAAUACUUAAAAGCAACAAGAGCUAAAGUUUGGAAGGCUCGUUCGGAGAGUCCGCUUUUCAACUGCAAAUUGUACGCGAUGGGCAUGGAAAUGCUGUACACGAAGAUGUGGGAGCGUUACGCACGUGGAGAAAAUCCUGAUCACGUGUCAGCUGUUGAAAAGAACGACAGUGAACAGUCGAGUAUGUCUUAAGAGGUUACGACAUGCGACUCGGUCGCUUACCAAACUUCAACUCCGCGACUAACGAUUUCUCUUCCCUAGAAAUUUUAGCAUUUAUAACCAUGGUUAAUAUAUACAUAUAUAUAUAUUAUCUAUUCCCAAUGAGGUCUCAUAUGAACUCUCUGCGUCUCUACUGAUGAUUACUGUUUUGUAUAAUAAAUUCACAAAAGUUAGAAAUAGGUAGUAGAUAUAAUAUUAAUGUAUACACUCACACUCACACUUAACACACAAGAUUUCGCGUAAUAAUCGCGCUCUGCGCUCAUCUAUUGCCGUUAUUUAUGAUUUUCUCAAUGUGAUAUUUGCACACUUAGUCGAAAACUGAUCGAAUCGAACGUUUUGCGGAAAGCUGAUGAAGCUAUAGAGAAACGAUUCUGUUCAUGAACGUACAAAAUUUAGAUACACGAUAAAAAUGUUAGCAAUAGAGAGACAAUAUUUUGGCAAAUAUUAUAGAGAAAGAAAUUGUAUUUUCAAUUCAUCAUUUUCUAUAGGUCGUUCGCUCUUCCGCAGAAUGUAGUAUCAUUGAAGAUAUCCGUACAGAAUCCGGAGUGAUGUUAAUAAAAUGUUACUGUCACUUGACAGUGGAUUAUCGAAUGUACAAAGAUGUAAGGAGAAAAGAGUCUGAUGUUCUCCAGCAAUAUUAGAAGACUUUAGGAAUUGCAUUUCUCAAGGAGAGUAGAAAUUGAAUUGCAAAUUUUUAAAAACAAAAAUGCAAGACUUCGAAAUGUUGCAAGUUCCAAUUUUUUUGUCACAGGAAUUUAUAAUCUUAAUUUUGCAACUGUAUCAUUAGUUGUGUUAUUGUCAUACAUCACAAUCGAGAAUCCACUGUUUAUUCUGCUUAUGCUGCUGCAAUCAUGUGAUUUGAGGAAUGGAAGAACAUUUAACAAAACUUAAAGAGUUCAUAGAGUUUCUUGUCCAAUUCCGCUGUUGAUCGUUAGCAAUCAAGAGAGAAGAAAAUAAAGUAGGGAUCGAUUUUUGAAACUAAUAAUCUCAACAUUCGAGUUUGCAAGAUUUUACAAAAAAAUGAUAACAAGUCUUGAAAUUG